CGCCCACAUGACCGGGUCACAUGACUGAGCGCUGUUACUACCUCCUGGUUCAGACGGUGUGGCGAGAAGGAGCGAGGCUAAGUGUUAGCUAGCUUCCACUGUCUUCACGGCCGACAUGAGUUUCUUAGGUGGUUUGUUUGGACCAGUUUGUGAGAUAGAUGUCCUGCUGAAUGACGCAGAGAGCAGGAAGACAGCAGAACUCAAGACUGAAGAUGGCAAAGUGGAGAAGCAUUAUCUCUUCUAUGAUGGAGAGUCUGUCUCUGGGAAGGUGAACUUGAAUGUAAAGCAAGGAGGAAAAAGGCUAGAGCAUCAGGGAAUCCGUAUUGAAUUUGUGGGACAGAUAGAGCUCUUCUCUGAUAAAAGUAAUACACAUGAAUUUGUGGACUUGGUGAAAGAGCUGGCUUUACCUGGGGAACUGGCCCAGAACCGGAGCUAUGACUUUGAGUUCAUGCAGGUGGAGAAGCCCUAUGAGACCUACACUGGCGCCAAUGUCAGGCUAAGGUAUUUCCUCAGGGUCACGAUGGUCCGUCGUCUCUCGGACCUGGUGAAGGAGUAUGAGCUGAUCGUCCACCAGCUAGCCACCUACCCAGACAUCAACAACUCCAUCAAGAUGGAAGUCGGCAUAGAAGACUGUCUCCACAUCGAGUUUGAAUACAAUAAAUCUAAGUACCACCUAAAGGAUGUUAUUGUUGGAAAGAUCUACUUCCUGCUGGUCAGGAUCAAGAUCCAACACAUGGAGCUGCAGCUCAUUAAGAAGGAAAUAACAGGAAUCGGACCGAGCACCACGACAGAAACAGAGACUGUUGCCAAGUAUGAGAUCAUGGAUGGAGCACCUGUUAAAGGAGAGUCAAUCCCCAUCAGAUUGUUCCUGGCAGGGUAUGACCUCACACCAACCAUGAGGGACGUCAACAAAAAGUUUUCUGUGCGUUACUUUCUUAACCUGGUGCUGGUCGAUGAAGAAGACAGAAGAUAUUUUAAACAGCAGGAAAUUGUCUUGUGGAGGAAAGCUCCGGAGAAGCUGCGAAAAAGAAACUUCCACCAGCGCUACGAGUCGCCGGAGCCCCGAACUGAUCCUGUCACUGCAGAGCAACCCGAGAUGUGAACUGAGAAUAAUCUCAGACCAGAUCUUCAUCGACGUGUGCACGGCACUCUGCCGUCUCUGGACUGACAAACCUUGACAUACGUGGACACACAUCUUUCCUCAUCAUUUAAGCUCUGCGCAGCUUCACAUGCAAGCGGUGCUUCACACCUGGUGUCUCCUAAAUCUUACAAAACGAUGAGCCCAAGCAUUGAUGCAGUCUUUUAAACGGCUAACAAAAAUCCCACCAUACAAUUUGAUGAGUUCAAUUACGACUAGAGUUUGCUUGUCAUGUGCACUUCUGAUAUCGAUUCUGGCUCCAGUACUAAAUGCACUGGCCACAGCAACAAGAAAUAUUUAACUGUAAAGUCGCCGCAGUGCACUCGACAUCCACUUAUAUUUGAGAAAAAAAACUGUGGUUGGUUGUUGAAAGGAUAAGACGAGCUGCUCUGUUUGACACGUUUGGAACGGAAAUGUGCAAAAAUUGAAGUUUUUUUUUUUUAUUGUUUACAUUGGGUUUAUUGUGCUAAAGCAGUUCAAAAAUGCAGAAUUCGCUGUUGAAUGUUUAGAAUGUAGUUUUCAAGGAAUUUGCUCAAUGCCUCAUAGGUCAAACGUUUUGUAAAAAAAAAAAAAAAAUCUCUUCUCUUUUGCACCGUACAUUUCACCUUCACCUGAAAGUGCUGAAUAUUUAUGUAAUGGAAAUCAGAAGUCACAGCCAUAAUUCAAGUCAGACUGAAGUGACGCUUCAAUUUUCGUUCAGGUUGUCAAACAAGACAUUCUGUUGGACUCGUGUAUUUAUUUAUAUUGCUUUCAAGAAACCGAUCUCUUUGUCACGCCGUUUACGGACACAUUUGGUCCUGAGUUUUGUUUUCAAGAAACUGAUAAGUCCUUGUGUGGUUGUCACAGCAAAGCAAUGUCGACAGACUCUCAGCCACUUUCUCUGUGCUGUUGUCAUUCUAAUUCAAUGACUUCACUGGGCCUGGUGACGGCAGCCUAUUUUCUCACCUUCUGUGAUCUGUGGUCAGGUUCUUCUGCUGCUCCAUGCUUUUCAAGGGAGAUUACACUAAGGACCCAUGCACAACGUCACCUCAGUGACGCACACUAUGUUUGAAAUGACACUGUUAUAGUCUUUUAAUUCAAAUCACGUUGUGUUAUAUUCCGUUUGCAUUUUCUUCGUCGUCUUUCUUUGAUGUCUUCAAAUCUUUCUCCUUGCUGUGAGGGGGUUUUCUCUGUCAUGGUUUAUUUUGUGCUCUUUGGCCUUUGCUAUGUUAAUGAAGAUGUAUACGGAAACGCCAAAUCAUCCGCCCCUGUCUUAUCUAUAGCAUGAUUCUCUUUAGCCAAUGUCUCACUAUGACAUGGAUGGGUGUGUAUGGAGUGUACACCGACUCUGAAUAUAAAGUAUAAAUAAAUUGUGA